UUUUCACACUCACUGAGUCACCAGUCUCACACAGAACGACAGAGAGAGAGGGAGAGAGAGGCGCAAAGAUGAAUGUGUUCAGGUUAGCAGGGGACAUGACCCAUCUCCUCAGCAUCGUCAUUCUCCUCCUCAAGAUCCGUACAAUGAAAUCUUGUGCAGGAAUUUCAUUAAAGACACAAGAAUUAUAUGUUAUAGUCUUCCUUGCUCGGUAUCUUGACUUGUUUACUAAGUACUUCUCUUUGUACAACACUAUAAUGAAGCUGGUGUUUAUAGCCACUUCGAUAAGCAUUGUGUGGUACAUGAGGUACCAUAAGGUGGUAAAGCAGACUUACAGCAAGGACCAAGAUACUUUUCGGCAUUACUUUCUUCUUCUUCCUUGCUUCUUAUUGGCUCUUGUGAUUCACCGUAACUUCACUGUCACUGAGGUUUUGUGGACAUUUUCACUUUAUCUUGAAGCAGUUGCAAUCUUACCGCAAUUGGUAUUACUACAGACGUCAAGAAAUAUAGACAACUUGACAGGGAAUUAUGUCUUUCUGCUUGGUGCUUACCGAGCUCUAUAUCUGGUAAAUUGGGUUUAUCGUUUCUUCACAGAGAAUCACCAGCUCCGCUUGAUUCCUUGGCUAUCAGGCCUGGUUCAGACAGCUCUUUAUGCUGACUUUUUCUACUACUAUAUAAAGAGCUGGAAGAACAACGAGAAAUUACAGCUUCCUGCUUGAAGAUGAUCAUUCUGAUUUAAUAACA